AUGAACAGUCCAAUCUUAGAAUUGCACGACGAAGACAUUCGUCUAGCCCUUGAGGAGGCGCUUCAGGAGGAUUCCCACCUGACCUUCCCCAAUCAGGCUACUACUUCAACCGCCGAGAUACAAGACACCCUGGCAACCCCAACGCCUGUGUCCGAAAUCCGAACAACUUCACCGACCACGAAAUCAACCGUCCUUACGGAGGAAACGCCGCCCGUGACGUCCGUUUGUAAUUUAAACAAAGCAGUGGCAUCAGCGAUCCGAUUACCGGUCGAAAAGGGUCUCUGUUGGAGAUGCGGCUAUCCCAAUCACCGACGGGACAACUGCACCGGUUCACCCUUGGUGUUCUGUUCCAGAUGCGGACAAGUGGGGAUAAUGUCCAAGCACUGUCCUUGUGAACCAGUGCCUCGCCCGCCAUCUUCCAGCCUGCCGCCGACUGCCAAUCGACCGUUGACUUCCACCCGUCCGCCGACUUUCCGCCGACCGCCGUCUGCGAGUAGGUCGCCUACUGCGACUGAACCGUCAACUUCAAACCGUCCGCCAACUUCCCGCCGACCGCCGUCUCUUAGUAGGCCGUCGACUUCCACUCGGCCACCGACUUCCCGCCGACCGCCGUCUUCCGACUGGCCGCUGACCCCCCGUCGAUCGCCGAUCCCCGCAUGCCACACUGAGGGUGGUCAAUCAGCCCAAGGACCAUCCGCCCGGGACCGCUGUAACCAGCCGCACAGGGCUGCCAAUCCGAGAACCCGAUUCCGACCGUGCCGAACUUGUGGCUGCCCAUUCGGCGAACAUUUCCAGUAG